UAAACUCGACUCCGUUUGGUGAAUCAGUCUCACACGACGUUUCGCUCCUUACAGACAUACUUAAAACCGCUCAGCGCGGACAACGGAUCGCGAGUAUUAUGCGCCCGCGGAUAGGCUAUCGAAAUACAACAAAAGUGUAGUCAAAAGUGCACCGCGUGUGCUCAGUGAGUGAAACCAGUUCUCUUUUUGAUGAAAUAAUAACAGCCGCGAUUUACAUAAUGUCGUCGUACCAUCGGAAAACAGUAAUCGCGCUUGUUGUUGUGCUACAAAGUGCACUCGUAUGGCGGUCACAUGCAGCGCUAGAAUUGGCGCAAUCUGAUCUGAAGGAGCAUGCUGCUAACAAAAGAUCAUCAGUGUUUCAUGGGAAUCUAUUCUCAUCGAAUGCGAAAUCAGCAUCCUUAGGUGUGUCAUCGAGUGAUGAUGAUUUUCCCGCUCUCGGUGAAGAUAAGUUUUUGGAUACCGGCGAUUUGUUGAAUUCGCAAUACUACACCGACAUUCACGAUACAGAUAGUAAGUGCAGCGUUGAUAAAUUUGCCUUCAACCAUGAGGGCCGGGUAACCUAUGAACACGACUUACCGGCGUUGCAGCAGUUCACCCUUUGCGCAUGGAUGCGUUUUACAAAUCACACCGGCGACCAUACCAUCAUUACAUAUGCAGUUCCAGAAGAGCCACGAGAAAUUCAACUGUGGAUAGCCAACGCUCGUGGUAUGAGCUUCAUCAGUUUGGCAGUUCAUGGACAAUCACUUUUCAGACUCAAUUAUCCAUUCCGAAUGCGACAGUGGCACCACGCAUGUGCGUCAUGGAACGGAAAAACUGGCGAGUGGCAACUCUGGGUUAAAUCAGAGCGAGUUGGACGAGGUUUCCAUAACAGGCUGGUAGACUAUGAAAUCAAACCGAAUGGAAAAUUAUAUUCUGGUGGCCAAUCGAUAACCGGUCCAACUGAUACUGACUUGCAUUUCGAGUUGACAAUGGUCCAACUUUACAAGGUCGCCUUGAGUGCCGGAAAAGCACAUCGCGAUCACAAACAUCAUCACGUUCACCACUUCGAUCACCACGGCGGGGAAAUUACUCCAGCACCACCGGUGGCAACUCAACCGCCCGUAACUCCGCCGGCGAACCCACUGCUGGCCAAUGGCCAAAUUCCGACAAGUGUGAAGAUAAAUUUAGCAAAUGCUCAAAACCAACAAACUCCAGGAAAUUUGGGCAUCCCGGUGAAAGGAUUACCUUCGCAACUAAUUGGCGGGUUUGUUCCAUCAGAUGCAGCAACUAUUACAACUCAAUUCAAGAGUGGUCAAUUCCACAUCGGAGGACGAAAUUUGCAACAACAACUAGCAAUCGGAAACAUUCUUGGCAAACUGAAAACUAACAUUGCCAGUGCGCAACCAACCCACAGCACAGUGGUAUUCCCCGACGAUUUAGGUAAACAAACUUCCACUUCCUACAUCGAUCUUAACAGCCCGGCAAAUGUGCAAAUUAUAGAUGAAAGUCGUACAAAGAAUAUUUUUAAACGAGAAAUCACUACCAGUGACGAGAAAAAGCUACGAAAGCGUGGAUUAGUAUUACUAAAGGAUGGUACCAUUGUGGACGAAGAAGGAAAAGGCAGUGAAUACAUCUUUGAUGGACUGGCCGAGUUCGGUUUACCCGACUUCAAAAAUAAAUUAGGAAAGGAAACUGACAUUGAGAGUGAAAUUCGAGAGCAUGAUCGAGAACCUGCAGAGGGUGAAGUGAAAGCCGUGAUGAACAUGUGUUCAAAAUGCGACGAAGAACCGUUUGCUGGAGCCAUAGUAUUUGCAUGGAAGAAUCUACGAGCGCAAUUGGAUCACGCAUUGAAAGCAAAGGCAUCUUUGGUGUGUGGACAGUUUUAAUUUAAUGUAGGUAAUAAUCACGAUAAACAGGAAUACUCAUUAAACAAUAUGUACUAACAAUGCAUUUUUAUGUAUAAAACACCCUACGUGAUAAAAGAUUCCCCUUAAUAUGCGGCAAAUCACAAAUUUUGUCAUGUUGUGUAUAUAUUACGAAUAACAAGCUUUAGUUGUAAAUGACAUUUCUGUUACACAAUAAAACAAGAAACAAGAA